AUGAGGAACAUAAGCAAAAGAAGGAAGUGGAGAAGGAGAUUAAGAAGUUAAGAGAUUAGGUAAUAAAAUUUCAGCCAAAAAAAUUACUGUACCUGUUUUAGUAGUAAAUAAAAGCAAUUUUUAUAUUUAGAGGCUGUUUCCCUAUUCAAUAUUAAUAAAAUUGACAAACAUAAGUAAUAAUCUAAAGGUUGUAAUUAGACGAAUUAUCAAAUAAAAUGCAGUAUAAUUGCUCAAAUUAUAAAAUUUAAAAUGACAAAAAUGAUUUAAAUAAUGUUUCAUAACAAAAAAGAUUAGUAAAUUUUAUUAAGUCUAAGACUCAGUAAUUUAGGAAUGCUAGCAAGGCCAUGGCCAUGGAGAAUUACUAAACAGUUUAUUUACAGAAAAAAACUAUCAGUUUUCUCCUUACAAAUCGAGCUUAUUGUAAUCCUAGUUUAAAAAAUAGAUCUCCUGAGUCAGCCCCUCAAAUUAUCAUCAAAAUUUUAAGAACAAAUAAAAAAAAGUGUCAGUGUAAACACCUAAGUAGUCAAAAGUAUUGAGGAAAAGUUUAAAAAUAUGGAAAACAUCAAAAAUAAAAAUUUAUCUGAUAAACUAGUUGAGUUUAUUUUUAAAAUGAGGUAAAAUUUAAGUAAGGAAAUGUAUAUUUUAUUUUCAAAGGAAUGGUUGAAUUGA